GGCGUUUCUUUCGUUCUUGACAAAAACUUAUUAUUAUCUUAGUCAAAUAGCUAAAUUUCAUCUUUAGACCUAAAGAUGAAUCGGCGGAGAGCGUAUGAUGAGGAGGACGGGUAUGAGCGAUUGCACCGAAAGAGACGUCGUGUAUCUGAGAACCAAGAGAUAGAGGAUCGUUUGGAAUCAUUGAUUCUAAGAGUUGGCGAAAAAAGCAGUUCCAGUUUGGAAAGUAACCUAGAAGGUCUAGCCAGCGUUCUUGAAGCUGAUUUGAGCACAUUUCGCGUCAAGAUACUUCGUAUCCUAACAGAAUGUGCCAUUCGAAUGCCGGAAAAAUGUACUAUCUAUGCUACACUGGUUGGUUUACUGAAUGCCAAAAACUACAACUUCGGCGGUGAAUUCGUUGACUAUAUUGUGAAGACUUUCAAGGAAAAUUUGAAAAUUGGUAAAUGGAACGCAGCCCGGUAUUGCCUUCGUUUUAUAUCUGACUUGGUAAAUUGCCAUGUGCUGGCUGCAUCAUCUCUUUUGACUCUUCUUGAAACAUUGGUAGAUUGUGCCAAUGAGGAUGGAGUACCGCAAGUUAGAAGAGACUGGUUUGUUUUUGCUGUACUAUCCACCCUUCCUUGGGUGGGUCGAGAGCUGUAUGAGAAGAAGGAAUCUCAACUUGACCACUUACUUGUAACCAUUGAAGUAUUCCUCAACAAGAGAAGCAAGAAACACUGGCCAGCCUUAAAAGUCUGGUCUGCAGACACUCCUCAUCCACAGGAGGAGCACCUAGAUUGCCUCUGGGCACAGAUUAAGAAGUUAAGGCAGGAUAAUUGGUCAGAGAAGCAUAUCCCGAGGCCUUACCUGGCCUUUGAUUCUGUUCUUUGUGAAGCUUUGCAGCAUACACUACCAAGUAUUCAGCCUCCACCACACAAUGACGGUGAUACAUAUCCAAUGCCGCGUGUUAUAUUCCGAAUGUUUGAUUACACCGACUGUCCUGAUGGCCCUGUUUUGCCAGGAGCUCACUCUGUUGAAAGAUUCCUCAUUGAAGAACAUCUCCACAACAUUGUUGAAGCAUAUCACUUAGAACGGAAAGAAUGUGCUGCACAACUACUCUGUUUUCCUUACAAAGGAAAGAUACCAUUGGAAUAUUGCAUUGUAGAAGUCAUAUUUGCAGAAUUAUUCAACCUGCCUAGACCGCGGUAUUUGGAAAUUUGUUAUGGAUCUAUACUGAUUGAGCUGUGCAAAUUGCAACCGUCUACAAUACCUCAAGUGUUGGCUCAAGCAACUGAGAUCCUUUUUAUGAGAUGUGAUACUAUGAAUAUUGCUUGUUUUGACAGAUUUGUGAACUGGUUUGCUUACCAUUUGAGUAACUUCCAGUAUAGAUGGACUUGGGAGGAUUGGGAGACAGCAACGCAACUCGACCCUGACCAUCCUAAACCUAGGUUCAUCAGAGAAGUGCUCCACAAGUGUCUAAGAUUGUCUUAUCACACAAGAAUUAAAGACAUGAUGCCAGAUUCCUUUGCUGCAUUUGUGCCUCUCAAACCAGAACCCAUCUACAAGUAUUCUAUGGAGGGAGCAGGUAUGAAAACACUAAAAAAAUUGUAUUUAUUUAUUAUUAGUUAUUGUAGUUAUAAAAAUUUUAUUUCCACCUUAUGUCUACACUAA